AUGGUCUCAAGAAGAGGGAUAGAGGCAAAUCCAGCAAAGAUCAAGGCUAUACUAGAGAUGCGUCCACCUGGACAAGUUAAGGAAUUACAAGAACUCAUGGGAAGAAUAGCCGCGCUCGAGAGAUUUAUCUUGACUUCGGGGGACCGAUGUUUGCCUUUCUUCAAGACUCUCAAGGACCGAGCAAAGGAACGCAAAACCAAAGGGGCCAAGCUCACCUUCAAAUGCACCGAAGAAUGCCAGAAAGCCUUCACAAAGCUAAAAAGAUAUAUGGCACAACCCCCUCUUUUGUCAAAGCCAGAACCAGGGGACACAUUGUAUAGCGGUGUGGAGAAAUAUGCCUACGCGUUGGUUACGACAACACAAAAGUUAAGGCCAUAUUUCCAAGCUUACACCAUUGAAGUAAUCACCAACCAGCCUUUGAAGAAGAUAUUGGCCAAACCCAACCACUCAGGAAGACUGGUAGCGUGGUGUGUAGAGUUGGGGGAGUUCGAUAUCCAUUACAAGCCCCGAACUGCCAUAAAGGCACAAGCCCUAGCGAAUUUUGUGGUGGAAUGCACACUUCCUGAAGAAGAAAUCCCUACCACCGCGGACCCUGAAGAAGUGACAACCAAUAAUGGGGCCGAGUAUGAAGCCCUGAUUGCAGGACUAAAACUGGCACAAAGUCUGAUGGUAAAGCGUAUCACCGUCUACAGUGAUUCACAACUAAUAGUUAAUCAGGUCAAGGGGGAGUAUGAGGCAAAAGAAUCACGAAUGGCCCAGUACCUGAGAAGAGUGCAGGACUUGAUCACAAAAUUCUACCAUUUUAAGAUACUUCAGAAGUUUGCACCCAUCACAUGCCAACCAGUAAUGGAGCUCACUUCAAUCUCAAGCCCAUUGCCCUUUGUCCAGUGGGGAAUGAAUAUACUGGGGGCCUUCCCCAAGGCAUCUAGAGGUAGACAAUUUGUGGUGGUGGCUGUUGACUAUUUCACCAAAUGGGUAGAAGCAGAAGCUUUGGCAACAAUCACCGCUACAAAGGUUUGGAAAUUCUUUCUCCAUUCAGUUAUCUACAAGUAUGGAAUCCAGAGAACCCUAAUUACUGACAAUGGAAAGCAGUUUGAGUAA